GGAAAAUGCGAUUAACAGCCUUACUGUCAAUGGCCGCUAAGGCUGCCUUCCCUAAAGACUACCGCUAUGGUACAAGUCGGCCAUGGACCAUAGCUGCCAAGAGAUUGAACCCACCAGGCAAGAAGAGAAGAAAGGUGUUCGUUGAGCCCAUAGCUUAUGAGGACUGGUCUGUUUUCAAAGGGGACACAGUAAGUGGUCAUGCCAAAAGGACAAUGAAGACUUUUAGAUAUCGAAUAUAGCCAGUAUAUAGCCAGUAUACUAUGGUUAAGGGCUGUUCUUACACUGAAUAUGUUAUGGUUCACUCCAAACACUGGUAUUGCAGCUGUAUGCCUAAUUCCUUUGCAGAUAUACCAGUUAUUAGACACGAACAAACUGUUAGGCAAACCAUUGAGUUGAUCAAUUCCUUGCUAUAAAGUCAACACAUGGAAGGUCAUGAUAAUGAGUUGUAGGACUGAGAAGGGAGGGUCACUGUCAAGGUUUAUUCAGCCAUUAGCCUAAUGUUUUGAUGCUUUGAUAUUCUAAACUAGUAUUCCACCUUGACCAGGUUGAGAUUCUCUCUGGGAAAGACAAAGGAAAGCAGGGCAAAGUGGCCCAGGUCUUCAGACACAGAAACUGGGUCAUCCUGGACGGGCUGAACACGGUAAGAAUCCCAGUCAUCACUGUAAGAGGGGAUAUGUUUGCCACUUCCAUAACAGAGAACACAUUCAUACACUGCAUUCAGUAUAAACACCCAACAAUUUUAUACAUACUGUAUAACCCACUUGAAAUAGUGCCAGCUAUGGUGGUUGUUGCAUAGUCACCUAUUUAUUUUAUCUUAGCAUUUUAGAAAACCGUCCCUACUACCAAAGAGGAGCUUCAUAAAUGCCCGGUUCCAUUGCUUGAUGGGCUUCCUUCUAACAUUUUUAUCAUACCGGUUUCUAGUGCACUGUCUUUGAAUCUGGGUAGCCUUCUCAAGGCUUCACAGGCCAAGCUACAGUUGCAAAAGCAAAGACCAGGGCCCGGUUUCAUCGUUAGAACCAUAGCAUCCUAUUUUAAGAGCAACUCACAAACUAGGCUUAAUGCCAUCCAGUAAUUGAUUUUGCUCCCAUCAUUACAGUGAAUUUUGUCAUGUUUUGGCCUAUGAUGAUAAACAAGUAUGGCAUGUUUCCGUUAACAAACACUGCAUUUUUAUGUUGAACCCCACUUUAUAUUAUAAAAAAGGAUAUGGCCCUUUUUAGGCUACGUUACAGGAAUGUUACAAACCGUGGACAUUGAUUUCAACAGCAAGUUCUGUUAUCUCUGCAAUGUUUGAAUAGAUUAAAUUAAUCCAGUAUUUCUCCAUCUUAGCAUUUCAGGUACAUUGGGAAAUCAGCAGAUUACCGGGGAACCUACAUUGCCAGUGAAGCUCCCCUCCUACUCCGAGACAUCUCACUCGUCGACCCCACUGACCGGUGAGUCCCAGAGCAGUAUGGGGAGGUCCAGAUUCGAACAUUUGUCUAUGCCCAUGAUCACCAACCCUGUUUCUAGGUAGUUGCUGGGUGUGCAGGCUUUAGUAACAGCCCAAUACUGAAACAACUGAUUCAGUUAACCAGGGCUGCAGUGGAAAAGUCUCAUGUUAUUCAUACCUUUACCACAGGGUGGUGCAGAAAACACCCAUGCAAAAAAAGAGCGGAACAACAGCCUGCUCACGCAGUAGCUAUCCAGAACCAGGGUUUGUGUCCAUGCUCAGAGUUUAGUUUUGGAUUUAGUUUAGAUUUUCAGUCGAUUUUAUGUGCAGGACUUGUAUUUAAAGGUGCAAUAAAUAGCGUUUUUGUACACAGAUGUACCCAAAUUUCUAUUGUAUUUAAAUAGUUUAUGAUUAGUGAAUGCUUUGACUUGAACCCUGACUGAUCCUGACUACUUUAGUCCUGAGUUUGAUACCAAACAUGACUCCUGUCUGUUGUUCCAACAGGAAACCCACCGAGGUGGAGUGGAGGUUCACAGAGGAGGGGGAGAAGGUGCGCGUUUCCCUCAGGACGGGCCGCAUUGUCCCCAAACCAGUGUUCCAGCGCAGAGACGGCAUCGUACCGCAGCAGUGGAAGGGUGAGUCUGCGUUUGUGGAGGGAGGAACAGAGGCUAGAGGAAGGUCAAAGAAAUCUAGAUGGAUUGAGGUUGAGAGGGAGCUUUUGUGAAUGAGAGUCGAGCUUGUCAGAAAUGUGGGUGAAGAUGAGUGCGUGGAAAAGCAGAACAGAAGCUGGUCUGGGUGAUGUAUAAGGAACGCCUUUAUUUGUUUAUAGUGGCAAUCAGCAGUUGAAACAAUAACAAAGCGGCAUCCCCGCCCCUGUUUUGGUAAAAGCUGAGGGAUGGGACUGGAGAAAUGUAACCACUCAAAUUCAUACAGAGUUAUGGAUGCAAACCAUACAUGAUAUCAACAUUCUACACUGCUCAAAAAAAUAAAGGGAACACUUAAACAACACAUCCUAGAUCUGAAUGAAUGAAAUAAUCUUAUUAAAUACUUUUUUUCUUUACAUAGUUGAAUGUGCUGACAACAAAAUCACACAAAUUAUCAAUGGAAAUCAAAUUUAUCAACCCAUGGAGGUCUGGAUUUAGAGUCACCCUCAAAAUUAAAGUGGAAAACCACACUACAGGCUGAUCCAACUUUGAUGUAAUGUCCUUAAAACAAGUCAAAAUGAGGCUCAGUAGUGUGUGGCCUCCACGUGCCUGUAUGACCUCCCUACAACGCCUGGGCAUGCUCCUGAUGAGGUGGCGGAUGGUCUCCUGAGGGAUCUCCUCCCAGACCUGGACUAAAGCAUCCGCCAACUCCUGGACAGUCUGUGGUGUAACGUGGCGUUGGUGGAUGGAGCGAGACAUGAUGUCCCAGAUGUGCUCAAUUGGAUUCAGGUCUGGGGAACGGGCGGUCCAUAGCAUCAAUGCCUUCCUCUUGCAGGAACUACUGACACACUCCAGCCACAUGAGGUCUAGCAUUGUCUUGCAUUAGGAGGAACCCAGGGCCAACCGCACCAGCAUAUGGUCUCACAAGGGGUCUGAGGAUCUCAUCUCGGUACCUAAUGGCAGUCAGGCUACCUCUGGCGAGCACAUGGAGGUCUGUGCGGCCCCCCAAAGAAAUGCCACCCCACACCAUGACUGACCCACCGCCAAACCGGUCAUGCUGGAGGAUGUUGCAGGCAGCAGAACGUUCUCCACGGCGUCUCCAGACUCUGUCACGUCUGUCACAUGUGCUCAGUGUGAACCUGCUUUCAUCUGUGAAGAGCAUAGGGCGCCAGUGGCGAAUUUGCCAAUCUUGGUGUUCUCUGGCAAAUGCCAAACGUCCUGCACGGUGUUGGGCUGUAAAUACAACACCCACCUGUGGACGUCGGGCCCUCAUACCACCCUCAUGGAGUCUGUUUCUGACCAUUUGAGCAGACACAUGCACAUUUGUGGCCUGCUGGAGGUCAUUUUGCAGGGCUCUGGCAGUGCUCCUCCUGCUCCUCCUUGCACAAAGGCGGAGGAAGCAGUCCUGCUGCUGGGUUGUUGCCAUCCUACGGCCUCCUCCACGUCUCCUGAUGUACUGGCCUGUGUCCUGGUAGCGCCUCCAUGCUCUGGACACUACGCUGACAGACACAGCAAACCUUCUUGCCACAGCUCGCAUUGAUAUGCCAUCCUGGAUGAGCUGCACUACCUGAGCCACUUGUGUGGGUUGUAGACUCCGUCUCAUGCUACCACUUGAUUGAAAGCACCGCCAGCAUUCAAAAGUGACCAAAACAUCAGCCAGGAAGCAUAGGAACUGAGAAGUGGUCUGUGGUCACCACCUGCAAAACCAGUACUUUAUUGGGGGUGUCUUGCUAAUUGCCUAUAAUUUCCACCUGUUGUCUAUUCCAUUUGCACAACAGCAUGUGAAAUUUAUUAUCAAUCAGUGUUGCUUCCUAAGUGGACAGUUUGAUUUCACAGAAGUGUGAUUGACUUGGAGUUACAUUGUGUUGUUUAGGUGUUCCCUUUAUUUUUUUGAGCAGUGUAUAUUUUUUUGAGGCUAUAUAGUGUUUGUUUACAUUUACUUUGUUUACAAAGAUUGGAGUAAAACAAGCUUACAUUUUGGGUUCUGAUAGGGUACGACAGUUGAACUAAGCUCAUGAGGCAUUAAUAAGUUACAUUUUCAAGAAUCAAUGGGUACUUGUCAUUAAUUUAUAAGUUAAAAAAAUUAUGUAGCAACCGCAGAUUGCCCCUUUAAAGGCCCAAUGCAGCUAUUUUGAUCUCCAUAUCAAAUCAUUUCUAGAUAACAAUUAAGUACCUUGCUGUAAUUUGUCAAAGAAACAAAAAUAGUUUUUUGCUAGGACUGUUUGGGAGUGGUCUGAGUGAUGGACCUAAUUGAAAAGCCUAAUGGGAGGGAUGUGUAACCUCAACUAGCUUUUAUUGGCAGAGAGGUUUAGAACUCUCUUUGUUAUUGGUCUAUUAAAGGUCCAAUGCAGCAGUUUCUAUCUCAAUAUCAAAUAAUUUCUGGGUAACAAUUAAGUACCUUAGCAAAGGGCAAUUUCUCAAGCAAGAAUUUUGCUAGGACUGUUUGGGAGUGAUCUGAGUAGGAAGGGGAAAACUAAAAACUAGCUGUUAUUGGCAGAGAGGUCUUUCUUAUUGGUCUAUUAACUAAUUUACCGCCUGGCAGGCCCAAUCUCCAUCCCACCAAAACAGGCUGAAAUUUCAGGCAGUCUUUUCAAACCACUAGUGUGGAAAUAUAUAUAAACCACAGGAAAAUCACAUUUUUGACUACACUGGGCUUUUAACUUAUACCACCUUGUGAAGUCACCAGGCAGGCCAUAACUCCACCCAUGCAAAACCUGCUGAUUACAAGGUCCUGUGUAGAUUGUAUUUUCAACCAGCAACUAUCAGAAAAUAACACUGAUAAAAAAAAAAAAACUUGUGUUAGUUUCAUCAGCUGUUGUACAAAUAUUACACAAAGAAACACAGGAAAACUUAACUUAAUUUCGACUCCACUGGGCCUUUUAAAUCAUUUUAUUAUAUCAAUGUGAGAAUUGUGCUGAAGUUAACAUUUCCCUGCGUCUCUAGUCAGAAUUUGGCCUAUGAUUAGGAUAAUUUUGUAGUCCCUCCAUAAUUAUGCGAUGGCCAAUUCCCUGCAUAUUUGAUCAAUUACCGCAUAAAACAUUGCAAUAUCGCAUAAAAGUGACCGAUCACACACUACAAAAACAGGGCUCGCCAUUUCAACCAAUCGCACACAUUUACUGCAUAAUAUGGUUCAAUCAAGCCACACAUCAACAAACUUUUUCCUUCGUCAGUGCAUUUUCGUCAAUCACAUAAUAAUGUCUAGGGUGAUGUGUGCCGUAUGAUAGACUGGAAGUUAGGUGAGUUGGCUCAGCCACAUGCUUGUAUAAUUAGUGUAAGAAUACAUACCCUUUCUUCUGAAUUGACACCCCUAAUUUUGGAAACCCCUUAUUGGUUGGUGUCUGCCAUCCCAGACGGCCCCAAGGACACCAGUCCGGAGGACACCCUGGAGAAGACUUACACGCCCUCCCUCAAGACACUGGAGGAGGAGGUGAUGGAGAAACUGGGCAUCGAGGAACCCAGGAGGAACCGGAAGACCUACUGGUACUGAGGGGGGAGACCCUCUGGUGUCUGGGCCACGGGUUGGGGCAUUGCAUCCACGGUAUCCCUACUGACUGCUCUUUAUGGACCUACUGUAGGCCUAUAUCUGUGUAUUAAAGAAAUGUUCCACAUCGCUCAGUCCUGAUGGAUAUCAGUGGAAAUGGGUUGAGUGAGUACAGUAAUGUGAUGGGAACCAUCAUGUGCACACAGAAAUGUAACUGGAUUACAGGUCCUCUUUCAGGCAUAAAUUCAGCAGAAGUCACUAUUUAUGAUGCUUUCAGAGUUUGUCUCAAAUGUUUUGGUUCGUUUUCAUGUCUUAAAUAAAUCUCUAAAUAAUCUACAAUCCUAUUAUUGAUUUGACUUUAAGUUUUCCUAGAUAGUGGGAGAUAAAAAUGAACAGUAGAAGUAAUCCUAAUGUUUCUGUGCUACAAAUUGAGCAUGUACAUGCUGUAAAUGCUACAUCUGCUUUUGGCUACUUUAGUUAUCCAUUCAGAUGUUGAACAAGUGGUCUUGUCAAAGCAUCCCUAAGUGAACUUAUGUCUAAGACUUACAUGAAUACGUGUAAAACUGCAAAGACGUCUCGUGUUACCAAAACUGCACAAUCGGCAACUAAUUCAAGCUUUUUAAACAGGGUUUUACUUUGCAGGACGGAACUUGGCAUUUGAGGGACAGUUUGACAGAUGGAGAGCUCAAAAUGUGACAGACGGGCUGAAAUCAGAGUUAAGGAGAAAGACGUCAAGGCUCUAAAGUUCCAAGCUGCAGCAAACGCAGUGCCAGGAAAAAAAAAAAAAAGCUGCCAGCCUCUCUUGUAAAAACGGUUCGUGAGGAUGAAGUAGAAAAUACCUUAAGUCAUUACUCAUUUUGGGAAGCUCACCGCCACUUUGACCAUUUAUUAUAUGUUAAAAAUAGAUAUACUACUGGGGCCAGGGUGUAAUAAUGCCAUUUUAAGCUUAAAGACAAAUGUCUGGGUCUCUCUUUCUAAUACGUCUGAAGGAAAGAGGUGUAGGACCAAGUAAUGGAGAUACUCCAGAAGGAAAUCCAUAGCAAGGGAGUGGCGAGGAGCGGGAAGUCUUCUCAAUAGGCCCACACUCCCCUCAUUUGAUUAGGGUGUCGUCUUAUAUGCCCAGUCACCUCAUUUGACUGUUGGAAGCUGGAUAUGUGUGACAGUCAAACAUUUACCGCAGGGUGGUGUACAAAAGACUCAUACAAGUUUUAUAUGAUGGCCAAGAAGGGGAAAGCCCACCCCCAAAAAAUAACAGUACUGAACUGUUGAAAGUCCAUGAUUUAUAAUUGAUUAAUCUUUACUUUUUAUUUAAUAGAAGUGUAAUAAUAUUCUGCCUUAGUCAACUGAAAAGGAAUCUUCAUAAGUCUUUUUUUGUCACUGUGACAUCCUGCUUGUUCAUUUGCAUAAUUUAAAAUAGCAGCUGCAAAGGUAUACUGUAUGUAAUAUGGAUGCAUCCAUUUCAUCAUUUUAUACUGUCGGUCCAGUUGAUGCUUAGAUUAGCUGAAGCUCAUAAACAAAC